AUGGAGAGAAAUCAGCGUGGAAACUUUGUGGAGACUAGCCUGCAAGAGGUUGUGACGCUAGCAGCAGUAGCCCUUCUCUUCCUGGACCAGGAAGAUGCCUUUUGGUGUUUAGUGACGAUUGUGGAGAUUUUCAUGCCACGUGACUAUUAUACCAAAACAUUACUUGGAUCACAGGUGGAUCAGCGUGUAUUCAAAGAUUUCAUGAUUGAGAAGCUCCCUCGGCUGCAUGCUCACUUUGAACACCACAAGGUUGACUAUUCUCUCAUCACUUUUAACUGGUUCUUGGUAGUCUUUGUAGACAGUGUUGUCAGUGACAUCCUCUUUAAAAUAUGGGACUCUUUUCUUUAUGAAGGACCAAAGAUCAUUUUUCGUUAUGCACUUGCUUUAUUCAAGUACAAAGAAGAUGAAAUUCUGAAACAGCAGGAUUCUGUGUCAAUUUUUAAGCACCUUCGAUAUUUUACACGUACAAUCCUUGAUGGGCGAAAAUUAAACAGUAUAGCUUUUGCUGGUAUGAAUCCCUUCCGAAUACGGCAGAUUCAUAAUCGCAGAAACUUUCACUUGUUGAAGGUCCAACAGGAACUAAAAGAACUUGAAGACAUUCGCCAGGAUUUCCUGCGGGAUCGGGAGAGUCAUUUGGAUAGAGGAAAUCUCAUCAGUGAUGAUGAAGAGGAGGACAACUGAAUAGCCUCACCCUUCAUUCUUUACAUUCCUUGUGUAAUCCAGGAUAGUGCCAGUAUUCUGUUACAGAAUGAAGCGAAUAAUGGCUUUUCCUAAGCAUUUCACUGGCAUCAUAUUAGUGGAUCAAGUUUUGAUCAAAAUAUGCAUGCUAUAUAUUUCAUAUUUACAGAGCACUUUCAUUUUUUUAAAUCUAGUAUUAUUAUGCUGUUUACAUUGGGGUAUUCAGAGAAACAUUUCAUGCCUGCAGUUCGCACGUGUGUGUGUGUGUGUGUGUGUGUGUGUGUGU